AUGUUCACUGAACAGCAAAGGGAGAGAAUUGCUAUUAUUUGUCCAAACUUAAGAAGAGAAGGAAAUCCUGACGUUGAUGGCUCUGAGAAACUGACAGGAGAUUAUACAGAUAUCGAAAAAGCUUAUUGUUACUUUAAAGGCGUCCUUGCAGGCAACGACCAACACUAUGAUUUCCUGCAUUCUGAAAGUAAGAAAGGUUUGGAAGAUGAGAAUGGUCUGAAUACCGAAGAAAUGAAUACGCUUACAGUUCCAUCAGCUAUCUAUGAAUAUUUCUGUCAUACAUGCAAAGAACAGAUUAAAGAAAUGCAUAAACGUUUUGGAGUGUGGGUAAAAAGUAAGGAUUGUUACAAUGGGAACACAUCAAUAUCCUUCCUUUCUGAUACAAGUCCCACGUCAAUACAAAGAGCUAUUGAUUUUUUUACCAGCGCUUUUCAGAAGGUUGCCAAAGAUGUGGCACAGGAAGACAUUCCCAUAGCAAACAUUCACCAGUUAGAUGAGACAAUAAUGAAAUUAAAUGCUAAAUUUACUAAUCUUCUCAUCAAACAGAAAGAUAAUCAGUUGCUCCUCCGUGGUCCAAGAAAUGAGAUUUUAGCUGCCAAAAUAUUUCUAGCAGAGGAAAAGGGGAACAGCCAAGAUGAAAAGGAUACCAAAAUACCUGAACUGAGCGCCAACAGGAAUAGAAUUGAAGUUGAUGCUUCUGUGUUUAAGCUGUUGGCACCUGUGUUGAGAAAAGAAAUUGAAGACAUUGAAAAAAGCUUUGAUGUUGUAAUAGAAAAGACAGACAGCUCAGGUGGCCAGAAGGUGCUCUUAGUAUUUAAACCUAGGAACAAAACUUCUGAUAUGCUUUUACAUUCUAUUGAAAGUUUCAUCAAUGGAUUUCAGAAUGCCUUUGCAAUGCUAAGAGAAAAACUUAUCAGCUGGAAGCUUUCAGAACAGCAGAAAAGGAAAUUAAAUAUGCUUCUGGAUGAAAAGAAGUUGGAAAGCCUAUAUGUAAAGCUAAAGAAGAAGGAAGACAAAUUAAUUUUAUAUGGUUUACCAAACCAUGUUCAUGCUGCUGAAAAGCACAUUAUGUACCUUCUCAAUGCUGAAGAGCCUUCAGAAACUAAAAAAAGGACACCACUGCCCUCUGAUCUCAACAACCAAGAAGCUUCAGGAGUGUGGGAGAAAUACGGUGCCAGGGAAAAGAAUAGUUAUUCUUCCAUGGAACAGGCUAAGGCAAAGACAGAAGACACCGAUGAUACGUGCCCUAUUUGCAUGGAGAAAAUUAAUGAUAAAGAGAUCCUGACAAAAUGCAAACAUGCGUUUUGCAAAAGUUGCAUCAAAAUGGCUUUGGAAUACAAGCAAACUUGUCCUGUUUGUAAUACUGUCUAUGGAGUCAUGCAAGGAGAUCAACCAGAGGGAAGAAUGCAGUAUAAAAGGAUUUCUACACCUCUCCCUGGCUAUCCCAGUUGUGGUACUAUCGAGAUUGAAUAUGUUAUGCAGAGCGGUAUUCAAACUCAGAACCAUCCAAACCCAGGGAAACCUUAUUAUGGAAUUAUUCGGAAGGCAUAUUUGCCUGACAAUGAGGAAGGGGUGAAAGUUCUGCAGCUCCUCAGAAGAGCCUUUAACCAAAAACUGAUUUUCACAGUGGGGAAUUCACGUACUACUGGUGCAGAAGAUGUUAUCACAUGGAAUGAUAUUCACCACAAAACCUCCAUGUACGGUGGACCUGUGAAUUUUGGUUACCCUGACCCUGAUUAUCUGAAGAGGGUUCGAUCAGAACUGAAAGCAAGAGGAAUUGAGUAA